CGGGCUGGGGGGAGCCACUGCGGCGGCUCCUCCUCGCUGGAAGCCCCGGCGCUUUUGGCUGCCCUUUGAAGUCGGAGAGGGAGAAGGAGGGAGGGAGCGUCUGGGGCCGCCGCUCCGCGCCGCCGCCGCCGCUACCGCCCGGCCCCGGGAGCAUCGUCCCCCCCCGGCCCCGCCGCAUCCAGCUCUGAGCGACUCUAGGAUAAACCCUGAGCGAGCUCGGUUAUUGGCUUUGAGUCAGAAGUGUCUGGAAGCCUUAAUGAAAACCAAGUGUAAGGCAAGUCUCAGCCACCUGUCCCCGGGAUCCCCAGCCAAGCGCUCUGGGCUUCCAUUAAUCAAUGGAUCUGCCUCUUGGAAAGUGUCUUUUGCAUGUUGGACCUCUACCCUGGGGCGAUCGCAAAGCAGAGUUGGGGACCUGGAAGCCCUCUGGAUGAAGAUAUCUAAGUGGAGGUGGAGCAGCAUCUCCAUCAGUGCGCGGUCCCAGCUGAAAGGCACCCUGGCCCUUCUUCUCGUGGGCAACGUUGCCUUUGUGAUCGCUCAGGACCUGGCACAGACCUCCAACAGCCUGGAGGAAGGGGCAGACGUCACCGCGUACUGGUGGGGCGAGUGGACCAAGUGGACGGCGUGCACCAGGACGUGCGGGGGAGGCGUCAAGUCCCAGGAGCGGCACUGCCUGCGGCAGAGGAGUGUCCUGCGAACGGAAGGAGCUUCCGAGAAGAGCAGUGUUCAUCAUUUAACUCCCAUGUGUAUAACGGCAAAACGUAUCAAUGGAAACCUUUAUAUCCUGCAGGCGUUCACGUGGCUCCUGGGGGAUUUGCAGAAUAAUGUUUUGACAUUGAUGCUGCCUUGCUUGGGCACGCGGGCCAAUGACUAUGUUCACAUUUCUAGCAAGCCCUGUGACCUCCAUUGCACCACUGUGGAUGGUCAGAGACAGUUAAUGGUUCAGGCUCGGGAUGGAACAUCCUGCAAAUACACUGAUUUCCGAGGGGUUUGCGUGUCUGGAAAAUGUGAGCCGAUUGGAUGCGAUGGCAUUCUCUUUUCCACCCACACCUUGGAUAAAUGUGGAGUUUGCCAAGGAGAUGGGAGCAGCUGCACUCAUGUGACCGGCAGUUACCGGAAAGGAAAUUCUCAUCUUGGCUAUUCUCUGGUAACGCACAUUCCUGCCGGAGCAAGGGAUAUCCAGAUAGUAGAACGGAAAAAAUCUGCAGAUGUUCUGGCUGUGGCUGAUGAAGCCGGGUACUACUUCUUCAAUGGGAACUACAAAGUUGACAGUCCGAAGAACUUCAACAUUGCAGGCACGGUGUUCAAGUACCGCAGGCCCAUGGAUGUUUAUGAGACCGGCAUAGAGUAUAUUGUCGCCCAAGGACCAACAAAUCAAGGGCUGAAUAUAAUGGUCUGGAAUCAAAAUGGCAAGAAUCCAUCCAUCACGUUUGAAUACAUCCUCCUGAGGAAGCCACACUCAAAAAAUCUGCAGCCCAUCUACUACACCUUCUCUGAGUCAGAUAGCGAAGAAAGCAGAGAGUUCGAUGGAGACGUGCCAUUGGGUUUUAUCCAGCACAAUGCAACCUAUUUUGGGAAAAUCUCCAGGGAAAGGAUAGACUUGGAGAACCAGGUGUUUGGAAGGCAGGACACGGAGGAAGAUUUAAACUUGAGCAAAGGUCAGGAAACCAAUGAGGUCUAUGAAAGAGCAGAAACAAUUGACUGUGAGCCAAAACUGAAGGGCAAACAACCCCAAGAUUCAAACGUAACCAGGUCUACUUACCAGACAGACCAUGACGACAGAGACCUUGACCCCAGGUUCACCUCCAGGGAAUUCCUUUCGGAGAACGCCAUCACAGACAAGCUGCUGGACAAGACCUCGGACUCCAAGGAGCUGGUGCUCAACAUGACCAUGAACAGCAUCUUUGCCCAGGGAGACCCAAUCAACUCUGUGGGGUCACACAUUGACAGUCUCUAUGUUGAUUAUGAGGACGCUGAUGGCGUUGUGACCUACACCAUUAAUGGCACCUACAUGGAGCUGAGCAAUGGCAAAGCCAUCAACACGUCUGCCGAGACACCGUUUUCAAAUGCCACUGUCACCAUGACCAGCCCUCAAGGGAACAGAACCCACAAAGCAAGAAACAGAUUGAAGUUGUUAAGAAAGGGCCAAGGUGUGAGUGCUGCUGACAUGUACAGGUGGAAGCUUUCCUCCCAUGAACCCUGCAGCUCUACAUGUACCACAGGAGUGAUGUCCACGUAUGCUAUGUGUGUUCGCUAUGAUGGGAUCGAAGUGGACGAUACGUACUGUGAUGCCAUGACCCGUCCCGAGCCCGUCCAUGAGUUCUGUGCUGGGAGAGAGUGCCAGCCAAGGUGGGAGACGAGCAGCUGGAGCGAGUGCUCCCGCACCUGCGGGGAGGGCUACCAGUUCCGCAUCGUCCGCUGCUGGAAGAUGAUCUCGCCCGGAUUCGACAGCUCCGUCUACAGCGACCUCUGCGAGUCCGCCGACAUCACCCGGCCGGACGAGCGCAAGGUCUGCAAGAACCCGGCCUGCGGCCCCCAGUGGGAGAUGUCGGAGUGGUCCGAGUGCUCAGCCCGGUGCGGAGAGCGGAGCGUGGUGACACGGGACAUCCGCUGCUCGGAGGACGAGAAGCUGUGCGACGCCAGCGCCCGGCCCCUGGCCGAGAAGAACUGCACAGGACCGCCCUGCGACCGGCAGUGGACCGUCUCCGACUGGGGACCGUGCAGCGGCGGCUGCGGGCAGGGCAGGAUGAUCCGGCACGUGUACUGCAAAACCAGCGACGGGCGGGUGGUGCCGGAGUCGCAGUGCAACCUGGAGACAAAGCCGCUGGCCAUCCAUCCCUGUGGGGACAAGAACUGCCCCUCGCACUGGCUGGCGCAGGACUGGGAGCGGUGUAACACCACGUGCGGCCGGGGCGUGAAGAAGAGGAUCGUGCUCUGCCUGGAGAUCGUCAACGGGAAGAUCAAGACCCGCAACCCCGCCGACUGCGACGUCGCCAAGAAGCCCGUGGAGGAGACGACGUGCUUCGAGCGGCCGUGCUUCAAGUGGUACACGACCCCCUGGUCGGAGUGCACCAAAACCUGCGGCAUCGGCGUGAGGAUGCGGGAUGUGAAGUGCUACCAAGGGAAGGACAUCGUCCGGGGCUGCGACCCGCUGGUGAAGCCGGUGGGCAAACAGACCUGCGACCUGCAGCCCUGCCCCACGGAGCCCCCAGACGACAGCUGCCAGGACCAGGCAGGAACCAACUGCGCUUUGGCCAUCAAAGUCAACCUGUGCAGCCACUGGUACUACAGCAAAGCCUGCUGCCGCUCCUGCCGCGCGCCCCACUCCUAGUGCCCGGCAGCACCCAGCGCCCGCGGCACACGCCGGGCCGGCACCCCGGGGUGCCUCCCUUCGCACGGGCUCCCUCUACCAUUUAGUAAGCGCUACGCAUCCCCCAGGCCGGCGUUAAGGAUGCUUUUGGGUUGGUUUUGCUGUUUUGUUUUUUGUUUCUUCCCACCGAUGCAGAACUACUAUCCUUGUCCCUCUCCCGUGUAGAGGAGCGGUGCCGGCACGGCUCGACGCAGAGCCGUUACUGCCGCACAUCGGGAGCCCCCCUUACCAGAGCUGUACAUAGAGUCGUGUAUAUUUGAUUUCCCCCGAACUAGCAGGCACCUGCACGCGUUUCACAAGGUCUUGUCCUUCGGUUUCUUCCCUCGCUGCAAGUCUGGGGUUGACGACGGGAAGGCGUGAACCCCACGGAGCGCAAGUUUCCCUUCGCAAAGGGGGUUGGCGCCUCUCUCCUCAUUUACCCCCCCCUCCCCACCUGCGCUCUCUCGUUAGCUGCAUUUAAUGCGGUGGGAAGCUGAUUUUCAUUUGCUAAAUGAACUCAAGCCCAUUUUUUUUGUAAUAUGUAGGUGUAUACUUUUUCAGAGAACUUUAUCUUAUAAUCAAAUGUUAGUUCCAUAGUCCUUACAACCCCCCCGUAAUGCUGACAUAUUGUAUAUAAUAUGGAAACAUAACUGCACUUUAUAUCACAAAAAAGACGUGCUCUUUUUUAAUAUAUUUGUUUACAGACAGUGAACUUUAUCCAUAUAAUCAUUAAUUUGUACUCAUAUGUAUAUUUUAAUAAAGUUGUCAUAUUUAUGGUGGUA